AUGAAGCUGUUCGCCAUACUCGCAAGUGUCCGCAAAGCUGCCUUGCUUCUUUUUCGAAACGUGAGUUACUCCCUGGAAAAGAAUUUGGAACUGGCAGUACAGAAUGUCCUGGAUCCUACGCUGAAAAGUCUACUGGAUAGCGCUUCUGCUCAACUUUACUAUAAUUGUGCUAACAACUACGACUAUGAGAAGUUAUGUGAAGCUUUUAGUCUCCCUGACUAUAUGUCCACAUGGUAUAAGCUGACGUUGAUGCAUUGCUGGAUGGUCUUAACGAGAAUGCACACGUCAUUAGAUGCUUACGCCUAUCUGCGUUUACAACGAAGUAUGCUAGCAACGCUAUGGUUAGACGUCGAUAAUCGGCUCAAAAUUGUUUCGGAAGAAGUUAAGCUAACUCUCACGAAUCGAAGUGAUUUGAAGAAGAUGCAUGGACUUCAUUUGCAGACUUUUUUGGAAUAUGAUGAGGGAUUCUUAGCAGACGACCGAAUGUUUGCUGCUGCAAUAUGGCGAUGCCUCUACAUGAGCAGAUCCUUUGAUCCCAUACAUGUUCUAAAAGUCAUUGCCUACAUGCGAUCGACGAUGGCUUGGCUGGAUACGCUCGACUUGAACGAAAUUUUGGUGGAUGGUAUCAAAGAGUGGAAGCAAGUUAAACCCAAAGAAGCAGAGGAAACUUCCUUUCAUAGUAACCUACAUAUGGCGGAACUGCCAGACCUCGGAGCAAGAUGUGAAUUCCACGACUGCAAGCAAUUAGAUUUUCUUCCUUUUACUUGCCCUAUAUGCAAGUGCUGUUUCUGCUCCGAUCAUCGUUUUGCUCACGGCUGUAAUAACUCGAAAGAAUAUGACCUUGCGACUGCAGUGCCCUCGUCAUCUGGACCAAUACGUGAAUUUCUUUGCUCCUUUGCUGGAUGUUCCCGAGCAGAGAGCAUCAAAAUCGUUUGUCCCCAUUGCGAACGGAACUACUGCUUGAAGCAUCGUCAUGCGGAUGAACAUCUUUGCGAUGCAAUGCCAGAAAAGCUCGAAAAACCUCGUCCGCAAGUUACAUUGCCCAUUCCGGAGCCAUCAAAAGUAGAGAAGCCGCCGAAAACCACGAAAACAGCUUCUCUAAACCCGGCCGAUCAAAAGAAAAUGGACAAGAUUCUCAUUAUGAAGUUGAAGAUGAAUGCGAAAGCUACAGCUGACGUACCUGCAGAAGAACGAAUGUUUUUAUUCGUUGAAGGCAAAGAUGUGAAUGGAGGACGACAAGCAGUGGUGGUUAGCAAGAAAUGGACUGUUGGACGUUGCGCUGCAGCUAUACAGAAACUCCUAUCACUACAGACAUCUAAGGCUCUCCAACUUCACACAAGUUCGGGUCAGCUGCUCGACUAUGCCGAAACAGUGUCAGGCUAUCUCGCUGAUAUGGAUACGGUAACGAUCACCAAGCCUGACACAUAG